AUGUCGUCGACCGAAGCCGAAAAUGCCGCCCUCCGAGCGGAGCUCGAAAAGACCAAACAGGAGCUCGCCGCCGCAAAAAAAGAGACAUCAGCAGCUCAAGCUCCAGCUGGAGAUCUCGCCGCCUGGUUCGACUUGCUUCCUCUCGGCAAGAAGGAGGGAUGGCUGCCGCUCCGUGAGCCCACCUUCGUGCCGCAAAUUGCCGAGCACCUGCCGCAGUGCCGCGACGACGAGUCAAUCGGGACCAUGUGCUCCGUGAUCCAAACUGUCGCCUUUGGUGGCAACCGACAGACCAAGAAGCUCCUGGCUGCGCAGCGCUUCGUCAAGUGGUUUGUUGAGGUCAGUAACAUCAUGACGACUGAUGAUACGAUGUACAUGUGGCUCUUCGCCGUCACCACCAUCACAAACGGCCACGAUUUUGCCAAGACGGCUUUUGCAACUGCUGACGUCGCUGCCACCUUCGUGCGCAUAGCUCCUCGCGUCGGGCAGCCGGCUGUUGCCUACGUGUGGUCAAGUGGCGUCGCAAUACUCGCGGAGUGCGAUGAUGGCAAGAAGGUCUUCUCCAGUGCUGAAGCCGCCUCCGCUUUGGAGCAGGUUGCAAAACACGCGACCAGCAAAGGCUCGGCCAAGUGGUGGCUGCAGGCUGUGAAGAACAUAAAGAAGCACGACCCUGCUGUCAAAAUCUUUGAGAAGCUCGACCCUCUGAUUGCCGAGAAGGAGUGUUGGGUGGGCGAGUGGUGCGAGCCAGCUGGGGCCGACGGAUUCGCCUUCGUCAUACAGAACGAAGGGCGGAAGAUCGUCGGUAACGACAUCUCUGGAAACGGCUACGGCUUCCGCUACAGUCUAGCCAUCGAGUUCGACAUGUACCGGAACCCCGAUCUCGGCGAGCUCACCUCGAAUCACAUCAGCGUCCAAGUGCCGCCACGGAAAGGUGAGCCAAACUCCGCUGACCACGGCACUUCCUCCAUCGCAUACACGGACGACAUUCCGCCCCUCCAAGAGGGGACCCAUGUCGUCCGCAUCGUCUACGACGUCAGGAGCGUGCGCUGGGACAACUACGGCGAGCGCUUCGACUCGGACGCCGGUGGCGCCUUCUUCAGGCAGCAGCACUCCGGCCGCGCAGGACUCCUGUCUGUGGAGCUGGACGGGCAGCGCGUGAUCGUGGUCCCAGUGGACCUCUCGUACAUCGUCAACGUGGAUGGCACUGCCAAGGCAUCAGAGAAUGCACCCAGGCAGCCAGAUCCUGAGGCCUACGACGAGAAAGGUGCCAGUCCCGGCAGAGCCUGGGUCGGCUUCACCAGCAGCACGAGCUACUUUCAGUUCCAGUCCGUGGACAUCCUCUCUUGGACUUUCCAGGAGUACGCCGCCUGCCCGGUGGAUGGCGUCGAGCACUCCCGCGCCACACUCCGAGGACAGGGCCCAGAGGUGCGUUGCAUCAUCCGCUUGGGGACCGAAGGGAGGUCGACCUGUACCUGGGAUGGACAGGACUACUGCGGCCUCAUCAUCCAGAAUGCGGGCCGAACGGCCAUCAAGAUCUCGGCGCACACCAGCCAUCACCUGCCACACGAGUAUGAAGGCUGCGACAACGGCGUGCUGGAGUGGGAUGCGCUUCAUCCCUGGUUCCUCGGCUGCCGCCGGACGGUGCGCUUUACGCAUGAGCUGCAGGAGCUCUGGAUUACCUCCUUGGAUGGGACUCGGAGUCUCAUGCUCAGUGACUCGCAGAUCUUGCAGAAGGCCCCAGAGCUCUUCAAGCGCGAGAGCCUCUUCCAGCGGCUGUCCCAGGCCAUGAAGGCACGCCGGUCGGCCUUCGAGGCCAAGCCGGCCCGCUUUGGCCACGGCCACCGCUCACGGAAGUGUCGGCUACAAGGCAUCAUAUUCACAAUCAUUCAGGACGAAGAAGUUCCUGACAUGGAUGGAGCCGACCAGGGCGUGGAAGCUGGUGAAAUGGACCACGAAGAGCAGGCGAGCGAUAUGGGCUACACCUGGGAGCAGGAGCACGUGGACGAGAUGCCAUGCGGCUUCGACGACGACGAGAAGCAAGCGAGCGAUAUGGGCUACACCUGGGAGCAGGUGGAGGAGAUGGCACGCAGCUUCGACGACGAGCAGGCGAACGAUAUGGGCGACACCUUGGAGCAGGUCGAGGAGAUGCCAUGCGGCUUCGACGACGAGCAGGAGUCGGCAUUUUGA